AUGUCCUCCGUGGCCCUCGCGUUCUUUCACCUCCAUGGAUCAGAGCAGAGCUCCUACAAAGUACAUCUGGCAGGGGCAGCCCCUGCAGUGCUGUUCGUAGUGGCGAACGUUAUCAUCUUGGCAAUCAUUGUUUUCUUUGUGCCACGUUCUCCGGCCUGCGCAUGUGACUCCACGCCGACUGAGGGUGAGAAGGACAAAACUCCAACUUGUGCUCUGAGCUUGGACGAACCCGACCGGCACCUGAUCUUCCGCACCGGAGUGAUCUACAACUUUGAGCGUUCCUUCUCGGUGGGUGCAAUCGAGGUGGCAACGACCAUGAUCUCUGAGGAGGAGUUCGGCUUCUCACCUCUGACCACGGGAUGGAUCUUUGGCUUCAUUGCGCUGGGCUCAGCCCUGGCAAACAUUCUGGUAAGCUUCACGCCUGCAAAAAUCGAUUCGCGCCCCUUGGACUCGGAGCCUGUAUGGGUCUUCAAAGAUGUGUUCUGA